AUGUCGGCCCUCAAGUUCCAACAGCCUGUUUACAAGGUGUACGAGCCCGGCUAUCAUCCACAACGGACCAUAAUAGUCGACGAGCAAAUCGACUCUCCGGAGACACUGACGAUUCGGUUAGAGGAAGAAGCAGCACGCAACGGUGGGGACCUUGGCGGGAAUUCCCCGAAUGGUCUCCUGCCCAUGGCUGCCUACAAGACUCACCUGCAAGGGUAUGCAGAGUCCACAUACCCGCCAUACGCGUCGCAGCCCUUUGCAUCACAACAGAACGAAAAUGCCGCUUCCAUUAACCAGCUUGCCUUUGCGGCCAACAACGCCGUAACAGGUCAAUACCUACCUCAAACAGGCUCAAACAUCACAGUCCUCUCUUGCCAUCCAGUCACUGGAACGUACGGCACGAAGAUCACUCUGCGGGUCUCCAGUCAAUACGACAUCCUCUCCGGGACCAUGGCAGCAUCAACAACACCAUACGUCUCGAUCACCUUCGGAUCUCAAAGAUGCCCAGCGCAAGUUCAGCGAGGGUCUCCAGAUGCGAACGGCUCCUGCUCUUAUCUCGUCACGGCCGACGCGCCCGAAUUCUUGUCAACAGGAUGCCCAUCGCUUAGCAAUGUACCGCUAUCUUUGCUUGUCGAGACUGCGAAUGGCAGUGAAAUCGCGCGGGUGCCGAAUGCCGGCAUCUUCUCCUACAGCGAUGGACAGGGUGGAGUUGGUAGUAUUGGAGGUUCCGGUGCCGGUAGCCCGCCUGACCUAGGUAGCCCUAAAACUCGGUCACCCGCCCACCGAGCAAGCCCACCAUCUCACGGCCUGCAUCUCCGAACAGAUGCCGUCAGCCCAACAACACACCAUGGAAUUGAAGGGGAUUCGACCACAACUACCUACGGAUUCCCUCCUGGCGUCUCUCCGGCUAAUGCUGUACAAGCCCAGACCUACGGUCAGAACAGCAACAGCAUGCUUGGGCCUUAUCGAAGCGCGUCCUUCUCUGAGCAGUAUUCCCGCGCAGGGCCAGUCUUGCGGUCGCCGCACGGCACAGGAUGGGGAUUUGGCGGACCCAUGGAGUCGAUACGCAGCCCGGCAACAACCAUCCCUCAUACCUCCCACACUGGACUGACCCGGACGAGUUUGUCGGGUAUCAGCUCAUCAUCUAACGCACCAACCCUCACAAGGACAAGCACGAUUCCUCAGCAAGGGGGUUCUGGUGGACAUGGGGGUGGUGGUGGCGGCAAUGGGUACGGAUACCCCCUGUAUCAGAACAAGGCCACGCUCAACAUUGUGGGUGACCUUGGGUCGAUGGCGGAGAACUGGACCCAGGAAGAAUUUGAGAACAAGCGGAGGAUUGUCAUGUUCGACAAGUCGCAACACGGUGCGGUUCUCACCACCAGGUUCAAGCCCGUCAACGUAUCGGAGAGGCCUUCGGGCGCCAUCUGCAUCAGCUGCAUCUGGUGGGCUGAAAAGCAGGAGUGCUAUGUCACAUCGGUGGACACCAUCCAUCUACUCGAGCAGCUAGUUGCCGCGCCCAACCGGUUCUCAGUCGAGGAGAGGAACCGAAUCCGAAGGAACCUCGAAGGAUUCCGCCCUUUGACGGUCAGCAAGCAAAAGCCAGAUAGCGAGGAGUUCUUCAAGGUCAUCAUGCAGUUCGGUAACCCAAAGCCGAGAAACAUUGAGAAGGAUAUCAAGGUUUUCGCGUGGAAGAUCCUGGACCAGGCAUUGAAGAAGAUUAUCUCCAAGUAUAGCACAUCCCCAUCGGCCUUGAGCAUGCCCGCCGCUCCAUCUCCUAAUGGUCCCCUGUACGGCCUACCACCCACACCAAGCUCUGUGUCGUCUGCCGAUCAGUCUUCAACGAGCUAUAUGGGUGGCGGUCACCAUCUCGCCGACUCACUGGCAAGCCCGAGGCCUCUUGGUGGCGCCUCCUCAUGGGCACCGUAUGGCACUUCCGGCAGGACCAUGUCGCCAUCACUAAAGACCAGUUCCCCCAUGUCAGUGCCUGGUCUUCGCAUCUCGACCCUUUCGGGCGUGUACGACAACAGAGGAUCCACACAAAGCCUUGCAUCGCCAUACGGUAUGACGAGCUCAACACACCAUAGCCCCCAUACGCAUCACCCCCAGGGCAAUUAUGUACAGUCCGGGGUGUCGGUAUCACAGGGACCGCGCGCAUGGGAUUCCAGCUAUGGUGUGACCGAUAGCUAUGCCGCCGCGCAAGCCAACCAUACCCAUGGCCAUGUUUAUGGUGGCGGAGCCUAUGGGGACGUACACCGCGCCUAA